AUGAAAUUCUCCGUCCCAGCUGAGCCUUCCCGAAAGUCUGGGUUGGACGUACGACACAUGAAGUUUCCGGCUGGCAAACGCGAAGAUGAUGCUAUAUCUAAUACCCCGAGUAUCGCCCAAAGCCGGAUGUCGAUGCGGUCAACAUUGGAUGAUUCACUAAAGCUGUCGGAUAUGUAUAAGCAAAUGACUGCAAGAUUGGAAGGAGAAAAGCACGAGCUGCUUAAGGUGGUAGCAGGCCAAGCGCAAGAGAUUGCUCACAUGAAGAAGCAGAUUAAGUCCUUAGAGCUGCAGUUGAAGAAAUAUGAGGCUCAAGAUGUGUAG